UGGGGGCUUGAGUUGGGGCUGACUGGUCAUGGGUGGGGGGCGGCUCCGGCUGAAGUGUCCCGGACAGAGAUGGGUUCAGGUCGAGGUUGCCGUUGCCUUCACUCAAGCACCCCGCCGGCUCCCAGCCCCUUCCUCCCGGCUUCCCUAGGGCAGAUCUCAUGUGCCCCCCGCCCCGCCGAGGGAGGAGAAGCAGCUUGAACUAUCCCUGGAGUCUCUCAUCAGUCAGGUGGCUGACCUGAAGAAUUCCUUGGUCAGUUUCAUUUACAAGCUAGAGAAUGAAUAUGACCGUCUUACCUGAUGCUUCGGCUAUAAUCCCGGAGGACUGGGGUGUUUCAAUAAUAGUACCACUUUACAAGAAAGGAUUAAAGGAGGAUCCAAAUAAUUACCGGCCAAUUAGUCUUCUUAGCGUUGUCAGCAAGUUAUAUGCCAGGCCCUCAGUGCUAGACAGCUUUGCACUGCUCUCAGGUCAGCUGAACACCCUGAAUAAAGUGCUGAAGCAUGAGAAAACUCCAUUGCUGCGCAAUCAGGUUAUUAUUCCCUUAGUGCUGUCCCCAGACCGUGAUGAAGACAUAAUGAGGCAGACAGAAGGACGAGUGCCUGUGUUCAGCCAUGAGGUAGUACCUGACCAUCUGCGAACCAAGCCAGAUCCUGAGGUGGAGGAACAAGAGAAGCAACUGAGCACAGAUGCAGCUCGUAUUGGCACCGAUGUGGCACAGAAACAGAUCCAAAGCCUGAACAAAAUGUGUAUGAAUCUUCUGGAGAAAAUCAGCAAAGAAGAUCGAGAAUCUGAGAGUGGAGGUUUGCGGCAGAACAAGCAGACAUUCAACCCUGCUGAUACCAAUGCACUGGUUGCGGCUGUGGCCUUUGGGAAGGGUCUUUCAAACAGGCGUCCACCAGGUGUGGCAGGGCCUGUUCAGUCUACUCAGCCAGGUGCCAACACCAUCAUAGCAGGUGCUUCUGCCAUGCAGCAAGUACAGAUUCCUGGAGCACCAAGUCAAUCACAGCCCAUGCUUGGAGGAGUACAGAUGCCACAAGCAGGCCAGUCAGGUAAAAUACCCAGUGGCAUAAAAACCAAUAUAAAAUCUGCUUCCAUGCAUCCCUACCAACGGUGAGAUGAGUGGGUGGUAUUCUGUCCUGUUCCUACGUCUGGACUUCAUUUCCUCAUCCUCUCAGCAGUGAGAUUCUUGACUGAAGUUCUCUAUCCUAUGAUAUUUCAAUGAGUUCAUUUAUUUAUAUGACUGUGUUUAUCACUCAGGACAUGGGAAUCCAUAAUAUAUUCUUCAUACAGAGUUUUGGAAGAAUAUAUCUGAAGCCUGACCAGGCCUGGAUGAGGAAUAGAUCUUUACUCCCCCCCACCCCCUUGCAUAUAUAGAAAGUUUGAUUGCCUUCAGAAGAAUUCACUUCUUUUGGACUUUGUACUGGAUGAUGGAGGAGGAGUCUUACAACACAUACCCAAAAGAGUUUUGUGUUUAAUAAAGAUCAGAUGCUGUGUCAUGCAUUA